AUGAAUAAUCGAGUGAUGCAAGACGACAAAUUAAAAGUAGUGACUUUACCACUUGAAAAGCUCACUGAGAUUGCUUAUGCCUUCGAACAAUGGUCAAAGAUUGUAUGUGUAAUGUUAAUGGCCGAGCUUAAGAGAAUUCACCAGUCAACUUUAGCAAAGGACAAAGCUCUUCUUGUGCAAUCUGGGUCUUACUCUCAAAUUACGCCGACCUCAAAGUUCUCGAUCCAAGAAGCCACUGUUGAUGACAUCAGACUUGCUUUCGAGGAGAAAAGACUGACAUCGAAACAGCUCGUUGAGAUGUAUCUCGAAUCCAUCUCCAAACUCAAUCCGUUGCUCCACGCAGUCAUCGAGACGAAUCCAGAUGCGUUGAUCCAAGCAGAGAUCGCAGACAGAGAACGCGAGCUCAAAGACGACGCCACUAAGCUUCCUGUCUUGCACGGUGUUCCCGUUCUGCUCAAGGAUUCCAUCUCCACCAAGGACAGGCUAAACACGACGGCUGGUUCCUUGGCCUUGCUUGGUUCGGUCGUGGCUCAAGACGCUGGUGUUGUCAAGAGACUCAGAGAACAUGGAGCCGUGAUCUUGGGCAAAGCCAGUUUAAGCGAGUGGGCUCAUUUUCGAUCUUUCUCCAUCCCAAAUGGUUGGAGCGCUCGUGGCCUCCAAGGAAAGAAUCCGUACGUUUUAUCAGCAGAUCCUUGUGGUUCAAGUAGUGGUUCAGCUAUAUCAGUAGCGGCUAAUCUUGUGGCUGUCUCGAUCGGGACUGAAACUGAUGGUUCCAUUCUCUGUCCAGCGAGUCAGAACUCGGUGGUCGGAAUUAAGCCGAGUGUCGGGCUCACUAGCCGAGCCGGGGUCGUUCCUAUCUCCUUGAGACAGGACACUGUAGGGACAGUUUCGGAUGCUGUUCAUCUCCUUGAUGCUAUCGUGGGUUAUGAUCACUUGGACGAAGCCACCAAGACUGCCUCUGAGUUCAUACCCAAAGGCGGUUACAAGCAGUUUCUAAAAGCUAGUGGGCUCAAGGGUAAGAGAUUAGGGAUUGUAAUGGAGCAUUCUCGUCUUGAUCAACACAUCAAAACAUUAAGGCGAGAAGGCGCCAUCGUCAUUGACAAUCUAACAAUACCAAACAUCGAAGCCAUUGGGGAUGGUGAAGCGACAGCACUUUUGGCUGAGUUCAAGACGUCUCUUAAUGUAUAUCUUCAAGAGCUUGUGAACUCACCAGUCCGGUCCUUAGCAGACGUUAUUGCCUUCAACGAUAAAUUCGCUGAAAAGGAGAAGGUGAAAGAAUGGGGACAAGAGGUCUUCCUUGCAGCAGAAGCCACCAAUGGAAUGGGUGAGAAAGAGAAAGCAGCGUUGCAGAAAAUGGAAGAGCUUUCGAGGGACGGAAUCGAAAAGCUGAUGAAGGAAAAGGAGUUAGAUGCAAUAGUGGCUCUUGGUUCGACGUUGAGCUCUGUCCUCGCCAUUGGAGGGUAUCCAGGAAUCAAUGUCCCUGCAGGAUAUGAUACUGAAGGAGUUCCGUUUGGGAUUACCUUUGGAGGAUUGAGAUUCUCGGAGCCAAAGCUCAUUGAGAUUGCUUAUGGAUUCGAACAAGCAACUUUGAUCAGGAAGCCACCAAAGUUCACAACUUUGAGGCACUUGCAGAUUUCUCACUCUCACAUCAAGCCUACCUCAACACUCUCGAUCGAAGAAGCCACUGUUGAUGACAUCAGACUUGCUUUCGAGGAGAAAAGACUGACAUCAAAGCAGCUCGUUGAGUUGUACCUCGAAUCCAUCUCCAAACUCAAUCCGAUGCUCCACGCAGUCAUCGAGACUAAUCCAGAUGCGUUGAUCCAAGCAGAGAUCGCAGACAAGGAACGUGAGCUCAAAGACGCCGCCACUGAGCUUCCUAUCUUGCACGGUGUUCCGGUUCUGCUCAAGGAUUCCAUCUCCUCCAAAGACAAGCUAAACACGACGGCUGGUUCCUUGGCCUUGCUUGGUUCGGUCGUGGCUCGAGACGCUGGUGUUGUCAAGAGACUCAGAGAAUCUGGUGCUGUGAUCUUGGGCAAAGCCAGUUUAAGCGAGUGGGCUUAUUUCCGAUCUAACUCCAUCCCAAAUGGUUGGAGCGCUCGUGGCCUCCAAGGAAAGAAUCCUUAUGUCCUAUCAGCAGAUACAGGUGGGUCAAGUAGUGGAUCAGCUAUAUCAGUAGCAGCCAAUCUUGUGGCCGUGUCACUAGGGACUGAAACUGAUGGUUCCAUUCUUUCUCCGGCGAGUCACAACUCGGUGGUCGGGAUUAAACCGAGUGUCGGGCUCACUAGUCGAGCCGGGGUGGUCCCUAUCUCCUUGAGGCAGGACACUGUAGGGCCGAUAUGUAGGACAGUUUCGGAUGCUGUUCACCUCCUUGAUGCUAUUGUGGGUUAUGAUCCCUUGGACGAAGCCACCAAGGCCGCGUCCGAGUUCAUACCCGAAGGCGGUUACAGGCAGUUUCUGAAACCUAAUGGCCUCAAGGGUAAGAGAUUAGGGAUUGUAAUGGAGCAUUCUCAUCUUGAUCAACACAUCAAAACAUUAAGACGUGAUGGGGCGAUCGUCAUUGAUAAUCUAAAGAUACCAAACAUGGAAGUCAUUAUGGAUUGGACUAAAAGCGGAGAAGAGACGGCACUUUUGGCUGAGUUCAAGAUCUCUCUUAAUGAAUAUCUACAAGAGCUUGUGAAAUCACCAGUCCGGUCCUUAGCAGACGAGAAGGUGAAAGAAUGGGGACAAGAGGUCUUCCUUGCAGCAGAAGCUACCAAUGGAAUGGGUGAGAAAGAGAGAGCAGCGUUGCAUAAAAUGGAAGAGCUUUCGAGGAAUGGAAUCGAAAAGUUAAUGAAGGAAAACAAGUUAGAUGCAAUAGUGACUCUUGGUAAGACGUUGAGCCCCGUCCUCGCCACUGGAGGGUAUCCAGGAAUCACUGUCCCUGCAGGAUAUGAUAGUGAAGGAGUUCCGUUUGGGAUUACCUUUGGAGGAUUGAGAUUCUCAGAGCCAAAGCUUAUUGAAAUUGCUUAUGGAUUCGAACAAGCAACUUUGAUCAGGAAGCCACCAAAGUUCACAACUUGAGGCACUUGUAGUACUUGCAGUCAACAAAGUUUCUUCUUUGGAGAAAUAUAUCUUUGUAAUGUACAUUUAUUUGGAGACUCGAAAUAACUUACAUAUGUGACGCUUUAUCACAAUUUACA